AUGAACACUCUUCAUUUCCUUAUUUCACUCUUCCUCUUCUCAUGCUUCCUUUCUCUUGUCUUGUCUUUUUCACCUCCUCAAACUCAUCUCCCUAAGCAAUGCCUUGAUGACCAGAGAGCUCCUCUGCUGCAAUUGCAGCAUCAUCUUUACUAUGCCCCUCAUUUUACUUUCUCUUCCAAAUUUGACCUCUGGGAUGUCAACACUGAUUGUUGUUCUUGGGAAGGAGUCACUUGUGAUGCUUAUGGUCAUGUCGUUGGCAUUGAUCUUAGUUACAAAAACCUUUCAGGCAGCUUCCACUCCAUAUUCGAUCUCCAUCAUCUUCAACACCUUAAUCUUGCUGGAAACAACUUUAAUACCACUCUGUUUUCGUAUGGGUUUGAUAAACUCCAAAAUCUAACUCAUCUCAACCUUUCAAGCUCAGGUUUCCAUGGCCAAAUUCCAGUGAACAUCUCAUUCUUAUCAAGGUUAGUUUCUCUUGAUCUAUCUUAUCAAGUUGAUUACUGUUGGAGAAGUGGUUAUUAUAAUCUAUCAAGACCACAUCUGAAAUUAGAGAAACCAAACUUCAAGACAUUUAUCAAGAAUUUGAAGUUUCUCACGGAGCUUUAUUUGGAUGGUGCCGACAUUUCAACUCAAAGUACUAAAUGGUGUGAAACCACAUCUCCUGUGCUUUCCAACCUGCGUGUGUUGACUCUGUCAAACUGCGGUUUGAAAGGUCCAUUAUGUUCUUUACUCUCAAGACUCCCUUUUCUUUCCAAACUUAUCCUUGAUUGUAACCCAAUCUCUUAUUUACCUCCCAAUUUCUUGCUAAAUUCCUCUCGUUUGGUUUCCCUCAGUUUGAGUGGUUGCAAUUUGAAUGGGCAAUUUCCAACCGGAAUUCUCUUAUUGCCAAAAAUUCAGAGCAUUGACAUUUCAAGCAAUGACCAACUCAUGGGUCAGUUGCCAGAAUUUCCAGCAAACAAUGCAUUACUGAGUCUGUCACUUGGAGUCACAAAUUUCAGUGGAAAACUACCUGAAUCGAUUGGUAAUCUUAAGUUCCUGACAAAUUUAGAGCUUUCUUAUUGCAAUUUUUUUGGACCCAUUCCAUCGUCAAUUGCAAAUCUUAGUCACCUGGUGAACUUGGAUCUAAGUUCAAACAAGCUUUCUGGAUCAAUACAUUCUUCUUUAUUUACUCUUCCAUCGUUGAAGAACCUGUAUCUUGGAGACAAUCAAUUGGUUGGGAAAAUUGAUGAGUUCCCCAAUGCAUCUUCUUCUUUGAUUCAAGAAUUAAGUAUGGGAAAUAAUUAUUUAACAGGACCAAUCCCGAAGUCAAUCCUUCAACUUCCAAGGCUUGAAGGGCUUUAUAUCGGAGACAAUAGCUUCAGUUCCAUGAAGCUUGACAUGUUUGUCCAACUCAACAACUUAAGGACUCUUGGGCUAAACAAUAUAAGCUUGUUAAUUGAAAGUGACAACAGAAGUCUUACUUUUCCCCAAUUAGAGACCCUAAGCCUAAGGUCAUGCAACCUUACUGAAUUUCCAGAAUUCAUUAAAAGGCAAGACAAGUUGGUUAACUUAGAUCUUUCUAACAACCAUAUCCAUGGUUUUGUGCCCAAUUGGUUGUGGAAGAGCAGUCUUUCAUGGGUAGACCUUUCUUUCAAUGUGAUUGAUUUUCCAAAACAGCUUCCCUUAAAUGAUGCAAACUUCUCAUUUCCAAUGUUGACAGAAUUAUAUUUGAUAUCCUGUAACAUAAGUGCGUUUCCAGAGUUCUUAAAGAGUCAAAAAAAUUUAGAAGAAUUCGACGCAUCUUAUAACAAUUUGAGUGGCCCAAUUCCAAAUUGGUUAUGCAAUAUGAGUCAACUUAGAUUUUUUAAUGCAUCUUAUAACAAUUUGAGUGGCUCAAUUCCAAACUGCUUGGACAAUAUGAGUCAACUUGACAGUUUCGAUGUAUCUUAUAACAAUUUGAGUGGCUCAAUUCCAAACUGCUUGGACAAUAUGAGUCAACUUGACAGUUUCGAUGUAUCUUAUAACAAUUUGAGUGGCCCAAUUCCAAAUUGCUUGGGCAAUAUGAGUGCUCUCUAUUCAUUGGGUUUGCAAGGAAAUAACUUCAGUGGAGUGAUACCAAAAUUUUCAAAAGCAACCCAACUGCGAUUUCUGAAAGUUAGUGGGAAUAGAUUGGAAGGGAAGUUGCCCAGAUCAUUAGCAAAAUGCACUAACCUUAUGGUUUUGGAUGUAGGAAGCAACAUGAUCAAUGAUACAUUCCCAUUUUGGUUGGAGAAAUUGACUUACUUGAUGGUUCUAAUAUUGCGGGAAAACAGAUUUUAUGGUCAAAUUAAACAUUUCAAACAUAAAUCUGUUUUCCCAACUUUGGAUGUAUUGGACAUUGCUUCAAACCAGUUUUCUGGUGAACUAUCCAUUGAUUUCCUUCAACCCACUCGACUAAGGUCACUCAAAAUAGGUGGGAAUAAAUUGGAAGGGAAGCUGUCGAGAUCAUUAGCCAAUUGCUCAGCACUUGAGGUUCUGGACCUUGGAAAUAAUAUGGUUCGUGAUACAUUCCCAUUUUGGUUAGAGAAGCUACCUUCCUUGAAGGUUCUCGUUUUGCGAGCAAACAGAUUCUACGGCACAAUUUCUAAAAUCGACUCGGAACGUGGGUUUCCAAAGCUACGCAUAUUGGACAUUGCUUCCAACAAUUUUUCAGGUGACUUGUCCAUUGAAUUUUUGCAGAGUUUGAAGGCAAUGGCGAAGAUGACUAAUGACGAAAAGGCUAAGCUGGAUUAUAUCGGAGAGGAUUAUUAUCAAGACUCUGUGACAAUUGUUAACAAAGGGAUUGAAAUGUUCUACCAGAAAGUCUUGACAAUUCUUACUUGUCUUGACCUUUCCAACAAUAGUUUCCAUGGGAGAAUACCAGAAGAGAUACAAAUGCUGAGGUCACUCAGAGUGAUGAACUUAUCCAACAAUGGCUUUUCUGGAUUGAACUUGUCUUACAACCAACUUGAAGGGAGCAUACCACAAAGCAACCAAUUCAUUACAUUUACAAAUGAUUCCUACCGUGGGAACCCAAAAUUGUGUGGGCUGCCAUUGUCAAGGAAAUGCAAUGAAGUUGGUCUUCCAAUGCCACCACCUCCAGGGGAAGAUGAAGAUUCAUGGUUAUAUGCUCUGUCUACUUGGAAAAUUGCGUUGAUAGGUUAUGCUAGUGGAUUAGUCGUUGGGCUAUGUAUUGGAUAUACAGUGCUGAAUGAGUUGGGAAACAAAUGGGUUGACAAGUUCAAAAAGUGUGGGAAAAGAAAUAGAAGAAGAUGUAGGUGACUCCAUCCGAAUUCUUGCUUCAAAAUUAGCUGGUACGCAUUUGUCUUUCUAAUUUGAACAGAUAGUUGUUGAUAUGUAUAUAUAUAUAUAUAUAUCGGUUAUCAUAACCUCAUUUUUUGCUGUCUUUACCAAGUUCACUGUCAUAUCGUACUCGUAAUUUUAUGCUACCAUUGAGCAAUCCAGAAGGUACUUGAAGCAGGACAUGGAAUGUACAGUUGUGAGGUUGAUGAAGAAUGUAGGCAAUGAUCCUAACAAGAUCAAUCCACUGGUCCCUGUGGAUUUGGGGGAUGCAAUGUUUCACUGCUACUCAAUUUCCAUGCUAAUAAUGAUAUUAUAAACAAGGAAAUGGCUGCCCAAGCUUUCUUUUAUAUGCAAUUUACUUCAAUUUUUUUAUCUUCAGAAUAUUUGUACAGCUGAGGAGAUUUGAUAGCAUGAUGUUGAUGAAAGCCAUAUCUGAUUGUGUAAACAGACAUUAGCUUUAUUUUUUAUCAAUCACGUGUUAGGCUUUAGGACCGGGUGUAAAGGGUGGACCUGUUGGUCCGGGUUUUAGUUCAGCCCGACACUUAUUUUUUAUACUAGUUUAUUUAUCCUUUCAAUGAUAGUUUUAUUAAUUUAAAAAAUAUUGUUGAAUUAAGUAAUAAUAAUAAUAAUUAAAAUUUAAUUAAAUAAA